AUGACAACGCCAAAUGACAACGUCAGAAAAAUGCAGUACGACAAGACGGAUUUUAUAGGAAAAGGUGCAUACGGUUCAGUGUUUAGUGGUACAUUUGACGGCCAAAAAGUAGCAGUAAAACGGGUUGAGCUGAUUGGUGAAACAGUUCACCCAGUUGACAACGAGCUGAAAAUUCUUCAACAAUUGGCCCACCCGAAUGUUAUCAAAUUCCAUCAUUUCGAAAGCGAUGAAAAUUUCAAAUACUAUGUUUUGGAAUUUUGCGACGCAUCAUUGGAUCAGCUGUUCUUAAAACCGGACGAUCAAAAGAAAUACAAAGGACCUAUACCACUCCCUAUCGAAAUGUUCCUUCAUUUAGCUUCAGGCCUUGAAUAUAUCCAUUCGCGGGACUUAAUUCACCGAGAUAUAAAACCGGCAAACAUUCUAAUUUCUGUGAAAAGGACUGACCAAGGUGAACAGGCAACGGUGAAGUGGGGUGAUUUUGGAUUGUGCCGACCCGUGAAUGAACGAGGAACAUACACAAUGAGUGAAAUCAGAGGAACUUAUCAUUGGUUUGCUCCUGAGUUGUACGAAAUUCUGGCUAGCAAGGCCCUGGAUCGAAAACGUGGGACAGUUCAUAGUGAUGUUUUCGCAGAAGGCCUCGUCUUCGGCUACAUUCUCUUGAAUGGAGACCAUCUGUACGGUUCAAACGAUGAAAUUAUGACAAACAUCAAACAGAAUAAGCCGAUUAAUAUGAACAAGAUUCAUAAUUUACAUUGGGCACGUAGUUUAUUAACAAAAAUGUUGACCACUAAACAUACUGAGAGGAUCGCAUCACGAGAUGUCGCUACUGAACUUCAAUCCAUUCAAACGAAAGAACUUGAGUUGUUGAUAAAAAGCGGAAUCGACACAAACGCAAAGAGCAACGAAGGACUGAGCGCAUUACACGUUUUGUGCAUAUACAAUUCCAGUCCUGAUUUAACUAAUGCAAUCGAAUUCUUAAUCCAAAGCGGUAUGGAUGGAAACGCAAAAGACAACAACGGCAUGAACGUACUCCACACUUUGUGUGCAUUCAAUUCAUGUUCAAAUUUAAUAGACCCAAUCGAAAAGUUAAUCCAACUCGGAAUUGAUGUGAAAGCAAAGUGCGGUGAAUUCGGAGCGAACGCCCUCCAUUUCCUCUGUGCUUACAAUUCAUCAUCAAAUUUAAUUGACACAAUCAACCGUUUACUUAAAGAGGGAGUUGAUAUAAAUACAGCUGACGACAUCGGACGAAACGCACUCCAUUACAUGUGUGAGAAGAAUUCAAGCACAAAUUUAAUUGAAAACAUCGAACUUUUGAUCCACCUUGGAAUUGAUAUCCACGCAAAGGACAAAAACGAAAGGAAUGCGAUCCAUUUUCUGUGCAAAGGUAAUUCAUCGUCAAAUUUAUUUGGCGAAACGGAAAAGUUAAUCCAACUCGGAGUAAACGAGAACGCAAAAAUCAUCGGCGGAUUAACCGCACUCCAUUUCCUCGGCAAAACCAAUUCACCCUUAAAUUUAUUUGGCGCAAUGGAAACGUUAAUUCAAUUCGGAAACGAGAUGAACGCUAAGGGUAGCGGCGGGCUUACCGCAUUCGAUUUCCUCCGCGUACACCUUUCGUACACUAAUUUCAUUAACACAAUCGAACGUUUACUUCAAGGAGGACUAGAUGUGAACACAAGAGACAACAAAGGAAGAAACGCACUUCAUUAUUUGUGCGCAUACAAUUCAAGCCCUUAUUUGACUGAUGCAAUCGAGUUUUUAACCAAAAAGGGAAAUGAUGUUAACGCAGAAGAUAAAAACCGCUUUAACGUACUCCACGCUUUGUGUGCAAACAACUCAAGCUUAAAGUUAAUAGACGCAAUCGAAAAGCUAAUCCAACUCGGAAUCGACGUGAACGCAAGGCGCGACGAUGGAGCAAACGCACUCCAUUUCCUGUGUACUAACAAUUCAUCCUCAAAUUUAAUUGAUGGAAUCGAAAAGUUAAUCCAACUCGGAAUCGACGUGAACGCAAGGCGCGACAACGGAGCAAACGCACUCCAUUUCCUGUGUACUAACAAUUCAUCCUCAAAUUUAAUGGAUGGAAUCGAAAAGUUAAUCCAACUCGGAAUCGAAGUAAACGCAAAGAAUGACAAGGGAACAAAUGCACUCCAUUUCCUGUGUAGUAACAAUUCAUCCUCAAAUUUAAUGGAUGGAAUCGAAAAGUUAAUCCAACACGGAAUCGACGUGAACGCAAAGCGCGACGAUGGAGCAAACGCACUCCAUUUCCUGUGUAGUAACAAGUCAUCCUCAAAUUUAAUUGAUGGAAUCGAAAAGUUAAUCCAACUCGGAAUCGACGUAAACGCAAAGUGCGACGAUGGAGAAAACGCACUCCAUUUACUGUGUAGUAACAAGUCAUCCUCAAAUUUAAUUGAUGGAAUCGAAAAGUUAAUCCAACUCGGAAUCGACGUAAACGCAAAGUGCGACGAUGGAGAAAACGCACUCCAUUUACUGUGUAGUAACAAUUCAUCCUCAAAUUUAAUGGAUGGAAUCGAAAAGUUAAUCCAACUCGGAAUCGACGUGAACGCAAGGCGCGACAACGGAGCAAACGCACUCCAUUUCCUGUGUACUAACAAUUCAUCCUCAAAUUUAAUGGAUGGAAUCGAAAAGUUAAUCCAACUCGGAAUCGACGUGAACGCAAAGAAUGACAAGGGAACAAAUGCACUCCAUUUCCUGUGUAGUAACAAUUCAUCCUCAAAUUUAAUGGAUGGAAUCGAAAAGUUAAUCCAACUCGGAAUCGACGUAAACGCAAAGUGCGACGAUGGAGAAAACGCACUCCAUUUACUGUGUAGUAACAAUUCAUCCUCAAAUUUAAUGGAUGGAAUCGAAAAGUUAAUCCAACUCGGAAUCGACGUGAACGCAAGGCGCGACGAUGGAGCAAACGCACUCCAUUUCCUGUAUAAAGAUCCCAACACGCCACAAAAUUUAACGUUUUCUGGCCCACAACGACGGAAAACACAGGGUUUUUAG